GCCUCCUGGGUUCUAAUCCGUACUCUCGCUUUGCUGCUUUUACGCACAAACUCACUUCCCUCACCAACGCUACAUGUGUUUUCUCAACAGGAUUUUUUAUAUUUUGCAGUCUUUAACAAGUGAUUCUAAGAGUAAAUUAUUGACAUUACACAAUAUGGAGGGUAAUUUUACACUGACAGGGCGCGACUUUCUAGAUUUACGCGCGUUGGCUCAGAAACUUCUGACUCAGGGAAACAACUACUCUCUGCGUCUGGUGAACUACUCUCUGUUUGACAACGGAUCGGGGUUCUAUGAGGAGGACUCAUUGGACGUGAACACUAACAUCUACUCGAAAGUCCUGGUCACUGUGAUCUAUAUCGCGCUCUUUGCGGUCGGUUGCUUAGGAAACUCCGUUACGCUGUACACCCUGCUGACCAAGAAGUCACUACAAAAUCUCCAAAGCACUGUCCACUACCACUUAGCGAGUCUCGCCGUCUCCGACCUGCUCAUACUUGUCCUUAGUAUGCCCGUUGAACUCUAUAACUUCAUCUGGGUCCAUCACCCUUGGGCUUUCGGAGGAGUCGUUUGUAAAGGUUACUAUUUCAUUCGGGAUGCUUGCUCUUAUGCCACAGCAUUCAAUAUCGCCAGCCUCAGCGUGGAGCGUUAUAUGGCAAUUUGCCACCCUUUCAAGGCGAAGAGCAUCAUGUCGCGCAGCCGCACCAAGAAGCUGAUCAGCGGGAUGUGGGUGGCUUCGUUCCUCCUGGCCUCUCCGAUGCUCUUCACCAUGGGCCAGAAGUACCAUGGGCCCCAAAGGGAGAAGAUAUGCACCACAAUCGUGUCACCUGUCUUAUUGAAGAUAGUGAUUCAGGUGAAUGUGUUCCUGUCCUUUGUGGUUCCCAUGGUAGCCAUAUCUGCUCUGAAUGGGGUCAUCGCCAGUCAGCUGCUGCGUAUGUUCAGAGAGACGAAGCAGGACACCCGUAUCUGCAUCAUUGAAGGCAACCCUACCAUGCUGAGUAUCGCUGUGGAGCCAAACCGCACACAGUCUCUGCGUCAUGGAGUCAUGGUUCUACGGGCUGUGGUUGUUGCCUUUGUGGUGUGCUAUCUACCAUAUUAUGUACGGCGCCUCAUGUACUGUUACGCAGAGUUCACCGAGGAAGGGUAUGAUUACUACCACUACUUCUUCAUGGUGACCAACGUCCUCUUCUAUGUGAGCUCAGCCAUCAACCCAGUCCUCUACAACCUGGUCUCAGCCAACUACCGGGAGAUCUUCUUCAACACGCUCCGCUGCCUCUGCCUACCAUGUCGUCGCAAGAAACAGAGACGUCCUCUGACCAGACACUCCAUCAGCAUCUGCAGUAACCACACCUUCUCCUCCAACAUCAUCAAGGAGACCGUCUACUGACCACGACAGAACCACACCCCUGAUAACAUUCCAUUUCAGAACUGCAAUGUAUGUAUUCUAGUACUCGGCAGGACUAAAUAUGGGCUUGAUGGGGACUCUGCACUUUGAAUCACUGACACGUUGUGCUACAUAGGCUACACACACAGAACAUAUCCAAAAUGUGAUAUUGGUAUGAUUAAUAGAAAGAAAUGUGUUGGAUGUAAUAGUCUUUAACGCUGUAAAUAAUGUAACAUCUAUGUACAUUCUGAUUUUUAUAGAACUAUCAAUGCUACUCGGUUUUAACCACACAGUAGUUUAUAAAAUGAUAUGAUGACGAUCAAAACACGUAUCUUUGAAGUAGGAGGCAAAAAACUUUACGCUGUGACAGUUACCAGGAAGUGACUUCCCCUCAGUUUUUGAACAUUGUAUGCUUUUUAAUUGGUCUUCAAUGGGGAAAAACUAAGAGCAAUGGUGUUUCAAGGGCAAAAACAUAAUAAAAGGCAUCUGGCAGAAGUAAAUUCAUCCACAUACACAAAUAUGUGUAUGUAUAUUUAUCUUUAAUGCGUUUUCACGAAUUUUAUGUAAUAAUCGUAAAGCCAGUGUAUAAGAUUAGGGGACAUGACGCGGCAGUAAAGUGGAAGGGGCGGUGUUAUCCAACUCUUUUUUGGGGGAUACAGAGAAUGGUGAUCAAAUGAACCACCAUUUCUUAUCUGCUGAGGAACUAAUGCCUGGAAAGAGUAUUGAUAAAAACAAAAUGUCUGGUCAUUAAAAAAUGUAAAUGCUCUGCUUGAACUGUGAAUGUUAAUGAAAUGCUGAGAGAAGAUGUGAUAUUGUGAAGAGGAGCAACAGAUGGCAGUUACAGUUCAUGGAUGAUCUGCUGUGGGGUUGAGCCCUAUAGGCUGAUCUAGUAUGCCAACUCCUGACCAAUUACAGCAACACAGUUGAAGUCAGAAGUUUACAUACACCUUAGCCAAAUACAUUUCAACUCAGUUCUUCACAAUUCCUGACAUUUCAUCCUAGUUAAAAUUCCCUUUCUUCGGUCAGUUAGCAUCACCACUUUAUUAUAAGAAUGUGAAAUGUCAGAAUAAUAGUAGAGAGAUCUAUUUAAUCUUUUAUUUCUUUCAUCACAUUCCCAGUGGGUCAGAAGUUUACAUACACUCAAUUAGUAUUUAGUAGCAUUGCCUUUAAAUUGUUUAACUUGGGUCAAAUAUUUCGGGUAGCCUUCCACAAGCUUCCCACAACAAGUUGGAUGAAUUUUGUCCCAUUCCUACUGACAGAGCUGGUGUAACUGAGUUAGGUUUGUAGGCCUCCUUGCUCGCACAUGCUUUUUCAGUUCUGCACACACAUUUUCUAUAGGAUUGAGGUCAGGGCUUUGUGAUGGCCACUCCAAUACCUUGACUUUGUUGUCCUUAAGCCGUUUUGCCACAACUUUGGAAGUAUGCUUGGGGGGGUCAUUGUCCAUUUGGAAGACCCAUUUGCCAGCAAGCUUUAACUUCCUGACUGAUGUCUUGCGAUGUUGCUUCAAUAUAUCCACAUAAUUUUCCCUCCUAAAGAUGACAAUAUUUUGUGAAGUGCACCAGUCCCUCCUGCAGCAAAGCGCCAACACAACAUGAUGCUGCCACCCCCGUGCUUCACGGUUGGGAUGGUGUUCUUCAGCUUGCAAGCGUCCCCCUUUUUCCUCCAAACAUAACGAUGGUCAUUAUGGCCAAAUAGUUAUAUUUUUGUUUAUUCAGACCAGAGGACAUUUCUCCAAAAAGUACGAUCUUUGUCCCCAUGUGCAGUUGUAAACUGUAGUCUGGCUUUUUUUAUGGCAGUUUUGGAGCAGCGACUUCUUCCUUGCUGAGCGGCCUUUCAGCUCAUGAUGAUAUAGGACUCGUUUUACUGUGGAUAUAGAUACUUUUGUACCCGUUUCCUCCAGCAAAUUUGUGGAGUGGUUGAAAAACGAAUUUGAAUGACUCCAACCUAAGUGUAUGUAAACUUCUGACUUCAACUGUAUUUUGUAGGGCUGGUUUUGGAAUCAUUUGGAUGUAUCACAUCACUACACACAUGGCGUCAAUUGGUCAAGUAACCAAUAUCUUUCCUACUGAGGCUUUUAUCUAACUGUGAUUUAACUUACCUUUAACAGUGUUUUAUUUGAAAUAAUAAUGUUUAAGAGGCUUGUAUGAAAUGAAUGCUGUAUUACAAAACGGAGAACUAUGGACACAA